UCCUGAAACCUUUCUCAAUCAGUUUAUUCAUUUAAUUACGCAGAGUCAAUUUAAUUAUUAUUGAAACCAUGUCGGAAUUGGUAUGUGUGAGUGAUUUCGAAAAAGAAGCAUUCCAGAAUUUGCCUAAAAAUGCCCGGGAUUACUAUAGAAGCGGGGCUGGUUUAGAAAAAACAUUGAGCGAAAACAGAAAUGCUUUUUCUGAAUUAAGAAUAAGACCAAGGUUCAUGAGAAAUGUUAAAACAAGGGAUUUAUCUACCACUGUCCUUGGAACAAAAGUAUCGGCACCUAUUGGGAUUGCACCUACAGCUAUGCAAAGAAUGGCACAUCCUGGAGGGGAAUGUGCAAAUGCAAAAGCCGCUGAGUUUCAUGAUGUAGUUUUCACUUUAAGUACGAUUAGUACAAGCAGUAUAGAAGAAGUUGCAAAGACUGCUCCGAAUGCUGUAAAAUGGUUUCAACUAUACAUUUAUAAUGAUAGAAAAUUGACACUUCAACUUACAAAAAGAGCUGAAAAAGCUGGCUUCAAAGCACUUGUUUUAACUGUAGACGCUCCAUAUUUUGGAAUAAGGUUGGCUGAUGUCAGAAAUAAAUUUACAUUACCAUCUCAUUUAAGAUUAGCUAAUUUUACAGAAGAAUUGGCUACUUCAGUGACAAGUACUACUGAAGGAUAUUCUGCUUCUGGUAUAAAUGAUUAUGUCAAUCGAUUAUUUGAUGCGUCAUUAGAAUGGCAUGACAUAGAAUGGCUGAAAAGCGUCACUACCUUACCAAUUGUUUUGAAAGGAAUACUAACGCCUGAAGAUGCAAUAAUAGGAGCUGAUCUAGGGGUUUCAGGGAUUUGGGUUUCUAAUCAUGGGGCACGGCAAGUUGAUACCACGCCUGCUUCGAUUGAAGCUUUACCCGAAAUAGUUAAAGCUGUUGGACACCGAGUUGAAAUUUACAUGGACGGCGGAGUGAGAGAGGGUACUGAUGUUUUCAAGGCCUUAGCUCUGGGAGCAAAAAUGGUUUUCUUUGGCAGGCCUGCCAUUUGGGGUUUAGCUAAUGGCGGUGAAGAAGGUGUAAAAAGAGUUCUUGAAAUCAUCAAAAAAGAAUUCGAUAGUGUUAUGGGAUUAACUGGUUGUUCAACAGUAAAAGACAUCCAAAGAGAUAUGGUGGUACAUAAAAAUUACUAUUCAAAAAUGUGAAUGAAAUGAAAUAAAGUGUAGUAAAUGUAACUUAGUUUUUUCUGUGACCGAAACUUGCAUUAUUAACAUACAAAUGAAACUUCAGUUUUG